AUGACUGCACCCUCUGAACCUAUGGCGGAUUCGUGGAGCGGUAGAGGAGUGCAGGUGGUCGUUGGUCACUAUAAUGGCAAUCUACCGCAAGAGAAGCUACGUAAUCUGACGGAUGAAAGCAGUUCAGAAGAGAUCAAUGCGAACAACUUCAAUCCGAUCGGUUGGGGUGAAGGUGGAGCGGCAGUGAGACUAUCAAAAGAAGAAGAGCGUCUUUCUGAUCAGACAUUUAGUAUCAAUCAGUUCAGCUUGUAUGUGAGCGAUCGUAUUGCUUUGAAUAGGUCUCUAGGCGACUACAGAAAGCCGUCCUGUCGCUCAAAAAAGUAUAGAGCUUUCCUCAAAUAUCCAACGUUAGAUGAAGCUCUACGUAUUUUACCAGUGACCGUGAAAGUUCUACGUACAAAACAAAGAGUUGGACUGAUUAGAGCGAGACUCAUGGGGGCACAGGAAGCCACAGGAGACGUACUCACAUUCCUCGAUUCGCAUUGUGAGUGCACGGAAGGCUGGUUGGAACCGUUGUUAGAUCGAAUAAAGGAUAACAGGAAGUUUGUGGUUUGUCCGGUUAUCGAUGUCAUCAAUGAUCGAACUUUUCAAUACCAGAAAGGUCUCGAUAUGUUUCGCGGUGGUUUCAAUUGGAAUCUGCAGUUUAGAUGGUACUCGCUGCCGAAUGACAUGGUGAAACAUCGCCUUGGUGACCCGAGCUCUCCCAUACCCUCACCGACGAUGGCUGGUGGCCUGUUUAGUAUAGACCGUCGUUACUUCGAGGAGCUGGGAACGUACGACCAUGAAAUGGACAUCUGGGGUGGUGAAAAUCUCGAAAUUUCAUUCAGAAUUUGGCAGUGUGGAGGACGCGUGGAGAUCCUUCCGUGUUCACACGUCGGCCACGUCUUCCGACAUAUUUCUCCUCAUGAUAUUCCUGGCAAUUCUUCGGGAAAGAUCCUUGAUGGCAAUAUGAUUCGCGUUUCGGAAGUUUGGAUGGACGAAUGGAAAUUUUUGUUCUACAAGUUAGCUCCACAGACCGCCAAACUUCGCAGUAUCGUGGAUUUAAGCGAACGGAUGGAACUUCGCCGUCGGCUACAGUGCAAAAAUUUUAAAUGGUACCUUGAGAACGUGUUCACGGAUCAUCAUAUGCCUAUGGAGGAGGAUUUCUUUGGACGGGUUUGUUUCUCCAUAUCUUCCAGAGCUUUGUUAUCUCUUUUCUUCAAUUGCUCCAAUCUUUUCUUACCAUUCAUUUCCGCGGAAUUCAAGAAGUUCUGCAUCGUUAACCGACCCGGCGACCCGGGUUCUAAGAAACAACAGCUAAGUAUGGCGCCCUGUACGUUAGGGUUCGAUCACUGGCAGUUCUGGAUCUACUCCACGGAUCAUCGACUGAAAUCUGACGAGCAUAUGUGCCUGUCUGCUGUGCAGACGGUGCACGACGGCGGCAAGUGGACGGUGCAGCUGAAAGAAUGCUUUGGAUACGACAACGAACAGUGGGACUACAACCGACAGGUUUUACCUGGUCUAAUCCUAUGGAAAAACCCUAGUGAAGCAGAACACAAAUCCUGGUUCAUUAAAAAUUCUAUGGAAGUGUAG